CGGCGGCACAGCCUCUAUCACCAUGACUGACGUCCUGUGGAUUACUUUCACUGCGUUUUAAAACGGGACUGCGUUUAAAAGAGGGAACCAUGGCUGAGAGGUUGGAAUGGGUGGAAAUUAUCGAGCCACGCACUCGAGAGCGCAUGUACGCCAACCUGCUGACGGGCGAGUGUGUUUGGGACGCCCCGGCGGGUGUACAAAUCAAGCGCAGUGGGCAAGAUCAGUGGUGGGAGCUCUUCGACUCCAAAACGUCCCGAUUCUACUACUACAACGCUUCUACCCAGUGCACGGUUUGGCACCGCCCGCACAGCUCUGACAUCAUCCCCCUCGCCAAGCUCCAAACGCUGAAACAGAACACGAACGCGGCUCCACCCGCUGCUACGACGACCAGUGCCUCGGCUGACAGCAGCCCCGCCCGAAGCGCCGUGAGCACAACAUCAUCGCAAGAGCAGGAGGAGAAAACGUCAGCCAGCGAGGAGGGAGAGAGGUUCAGAUGGGGUACUGGGGCCAGAGAGAGGAUGCUCAUCAAGGUGUCGGAUCGAGAACCCAGUUUUCUGUCGCAGGGAAACGGAUAUUCAAGUUCGUCUCCACGCUCCAGACGAUCAUCCAGCAAUGCCCCUUCGGACCCCGAAGCCACGGCCCAUUCCCUGUCUGAACGUGGCCAAACGCAAUCUCCGUUCAUGAAGCGUACGGAGCUGGGUGGCACUCAGCGUCGUUGCUCGGGGGACUCCCAGCCAUCGUCCCCUCGUUAUGCUUACGAACCUCCCCUCUACGAGGAACCGCCCUCGGAAUUCCAUUCCCCGCCUAUUUAUGAGGAACCACCUGACAUGCAUUGCGAUCCGGCCUUUUAUGGUUCUGAUAGGUCACCUGCACGCAAACCAGGCAUCUACCACUCGCCCAAGCAAAACCAGUCUCCGUACGGUCAGCUAGUGUUGACGAGACAGCGGAGCGCCACGCCCGAAAAGACGUCCAACCAAGGAGAUCGAGACUAUAGCUCUGCUGGGAGGGACAGCAGCUCUGGUGGGCGGGAUUAUAACACUGGUGGGCGGGAGUAUAGCGUGGCGGGGCGGGAAUAUGUUAAGCAGCUAGUUUACGUUGAGCAGUCAGGCUCCUCCCCUCGGUUUAGGACGACAGAGCGUCUACUUAGCUACGGGGCUAGUUCAAAUAGUUUGUCAGCCGGAUUGUCGUACGGUGGCUCCUUCACGCUACAGCACAGCCACGAUGUCAACGGUGGCAAUCGAAAACGGAAGAAUCGUAAGCCAUCUCUUCCGGGAGGGGAGGGGGACAGCUUGGGAGCGGGACUCGGGGCGAUAAUCACGCAAGCUCGAUUGGCUUGGGAAGCCCAGCAGAUGUUACAUCAGCGAGGGGGUGUGUCCUCCGACCAGGGAGGGAAGGAUGGGUACGAAAGCGAUGGGGCCACGCCCCUGCCUCUGCCUGGGCCGGUGAUGCGGGCAUUCAGCGAAGACGAAGCCCUUGCGCAACAGGAUGUGCACUGGAAGCGUGUAACCCUGGACAGAUUGGCGUUUCCUCAAGCGCUGUUAGAAAAGAGUUUAUCUGUGCAAACCAACCUGGCAUCACCGGAACCCUACCUUCACCCAUCGCAGUCGGAAGAUCUCGGAGCAUGUUCUCAGUUUGAGGCUAGUCGGAAUGCUCGGAACAUGAUGCCCAGCGCGAGCUGUGGCGUUUUCCCAGAAUUCACGCUUCGCAAACCAUCCUCAGAAACAGACAUCGAGAACUGGGCAUCCAAACACUUCAACAGGCACACACAGGGUCUGUUUAGGAGGAAGGUCUCCAUUGCUAACAUGCUAGCAUGGAGCAGCGAGCCCAUCAAGAAACCAAUGAUCGUGACGGCAGACCGGACCGUCAAACGCGAAGCCGUGGACCUCUUUAAACUCAUCCAGACGUACAUGGGGGACCGGCGAGGGAAAGUCGACCCGCUGGCGGUGGCUCUGGAGGUGGCCGUGAGGGGCUGGAGCUGUCAGGGACUGAGAGAUGAGCUCUACAUCCAGCUGUGCCGACAGACCACCGAGAACUUCCGUUACGACAGUCUCCAGAGGGGCUGGGAGCUCAUGGCCAUCUGUCUGGCUUUCUUCCCUCCCACCCCUCGAUUCCACAGCUACCUGGAGGGCUACAUCUAUAGACACAUGGACCCACUGAACGACACCAAGGGAGUGGCGAUAAGCAGCUAUGCAAAAUACUGUUACCGUAAACUCCAGAAGGCUGCGCUCACAGGCGCUAAGAAGGGUUUGAACAAGCCCUCGAUAGAAGAGAUCGCCCAUGCUCGCAACGCCAUCUUCAGGCCCUCCAUGUUCGGUUCGUCUCUGGAGGAAGUGAUGUCGAUGCAGAAGGAACGUUACCCUGAUCGACAGUUGCCAUGGGUACAGACCCGGCUCUCAGAGGAAGUGCUGGGCUUGAACGGAGAUCAGACGGAAGGCAUCUUCAGGGUUCCAGGUGAUAUUGAUGAAGUAAACGCACUGAAGUUACAGGUGGACCAGUGGAAGAUACCGACCGGCCUGGAAGACCCACAUAUUCCAGCGUCUCUGUUGAAGCUGUGGUACAGGGAGCUGGAGGAGCCCGUGAUUCCUCAUGAAUAUUAUGAACAGUGUGUCAUGAACUAUGACAGUCCUGCAGCUGCUGUUAACGUCGUACUCAGUCUCCCUCACAUCAACAAACUGGUGCUCUGCUACCUCAUCCGAUUCCUACAGGUUUUCGCUCAAGCCGCCAGCGUGUCUUUGACCAAGAUGGACGUGAGUAAUCUGGCGAUGGUGAUGGCGCCCAACUGCCUGCGCUGUCAGUCCGAUGACCCGCGCGUCAUCUUCGAGAACACACGCAAAGAAAUGAGCUUCAUUCGCGUAUUAGUCCAGCACCUCGAUACCAGCUUCAUGGACGGAGUGCUAUAGCGAACACACACACACACACGUUCAGACACUUUCUUACACACAUUAUUAUUCACACCUUUACAUUUGCACACGGUUUCCGGGUUCACCCACACGUGAAUCACCCAGCAAACAACCUCGUUGAGCUCCCAUAGUUUACACUCUUCCAGUAUUGAACACUCCAUCAUCAUACACACUGCAGAAAAUACUUUUCUUAAUCAGUAUAUUCGUCUUGUUUUCCAAUAAAUUAUCAAAAUCUUUUUUUAAAACAAGAUACUUCAUACUUUCCUUUGUUUUAACGCUGAAAAAAACUCCCUCAUAUUCCAACGGUUGUACAAACAGAUAGCCCCGCCCCCAACUCACGCCAUUGGUCGAGCCAGUGUUGUUGUGUGGGGUUGGACGGGUCGCUCAAAACAAACAGAGACGAAUAUUUACAACACCAAGAUCGAGAAAAUUAACUAACUUUUAGUUGUCUUUGCAUAAUAGGAAGAUAUUUUAACAAUUUUGUGUUUAAAACAAGGUAAAAAAAAAAAAAACACACAAUUUGCCAUUUGGAUAAGAAAAGUGACCUUAAUUCAAGAUUAAUUAGAGAUAAUUUUGCUUCUUACCUUGUUUUAAAAAUCCAAAUGAAAUCAUUUGUUUAUGUGGGAUGUAUCAAAAGCCCCGCCCCUUUUCUCUAAAUAGCCAAUGGGCUUUCGUUUAGUCACAGCUAUGGACACGAAUGCUGUUCGGCUGCAGGGGGAGGGGCAUUCUCAUUCUAGAGAGCAUUUGAUUGGACAAAAAUAUUAGCAGUGCAGGAUGAUGUCAUCAGUGCUUCGGUCCAUUUUCUUGGAACCGAAACACUCCGUUUUAAAUGCGUAUAUCCGCCGGAAGGGAAUUGUGUUGACAUUCAGGAGUUUAUUAGGAUAACGAUGAGCUGGAAAAUGACAAAAAUGCUGAUUCAGAAAUAUAUAUAUAUUUUUUUUUGCAGUGACAUCAAUAUUCCCAAACUCACCAAAACUUCUAGAUCAACAAAUCUUCAAUCCCCUUUGAUUUUUGAAUGUUUCUGAGCGGAUAAACGAACCGUCCUUUCAUGAUCGUGACUGUCCUGCUGUUGAUUUUUUUAGCGUGCAUGUACGUAUCGAAUGUGUCCCUUUCUGUUUUUUAACGUGACCGGCUCGUAGAACAGUCUGUCUGAUUUUACUGUAUAUGAUUAAUUUAUUUUGUUAUUUAUUUGAAUAAGGGUUUUUAAGUAUUGUACUGCCUUUUGAAAUAGAAAACGCCAAUCUUAUGUCUCACUGUUCAUAUGCAUUUAUCUGUGUGUGUUUGUGUGAGAGAAGGUAUGCCUGUGUGCGACCGGUCCUGCUCAACCUGCUCAGAGCGGGAUUCGAACCGGGGUCUCCAGCAUGGGAGGCGAAGCACAAACGAGGACGCUAAAGGCUACAGCCUCUAGCUGGCUACUGGCUACUCAGCUUACGGGUGUGUGUGUGUGAGUGUGUGUGUGUGUGUGUUCACUUAUCACCUGUCACAUUCACUGCUAAUUGUUUAUAAACUAUUGUUAUGUCUCACUGAAACGAUACACACUACACAAAUGCCCUUCAUAGUAAACUACCUACUAUAAAGCUGAAGUGUGUAAUUUCUGUGCUGGUCUGGAUGGAACUCCACCUACAAAUGAUUUGCAUAAAAUUGACUCAUAUUAAAGGUGCUGUAAGCGAUUUCAGCCGUUCUUCUUCCACGAGACUGAGCCGUUAGAUUAGCCACGCCCCCUCUUUCCAACUUCCAACACUACAGAGAUAACGAAUGAGCUUUAUUGAGACCGACACAUGCAGAAACAUCAAAAACAACAGCAGCAAAAUAGCGCCCUCAACUGACAACUGUUAUAAACAACAUGGCUUAAAAAUGGCAUUAAGCCUCAAUUAUUCGCUGCAACCAGGGCUGGACUGGGAAGAGAAAUCGUCCUGGGAUUUUACAUAGCAACUGGGGGGGUGGAUCUUUUGUGGUCCGUUCUGCAGAACGUGGCGGCUCAUUUUAGCUUAUCGCGGCCGACCCACCGGCCCACUCAGUUUUCCCAAAUGGCCAGUCUGCCCCUGAUAGGCCCCAAAGUGCGUUGGCCCACCGGGAAAAUGCCCGGUAUGCCAGCAACUGGCCCAAAAGUUGUCCUUUUCUGUCCUUUUCUGCAUAUCGUGGCACCGUUUUGUGGUCCGUUCUACAUAACCCUGUGGCUCAUUUUAGCUUAUCACGGCCUGUUUCGCGGACGACCCACCGGCCCACUCGGUUCACCCGAUGGCCAGUCCGCCCCUGAUCGCCCCCAAAGUGAAUCGACCCACCGGGAAAAUGCCCGAUAUUCCAGAUUACCAGUCCAGCCCUGUCAGCAACUACAACUCUAUGAGAACGUGCAAAAUGAUUGACAGGUCGAAAGCGUCAUUGUCUGCGGCCCGCAGACACAUUUCUAUUUUCUGUUUACAGAGUCUAGAGCUGUCCCAGAGACCGGUGAGAUAUCUUACAAUUAUUUGAGUAAUCUCUCAGGGAGUUGGACAUUUGUUUCACGUACCUUUCCAUAAUAAAAUCGCUUACAGCACCUUUAAGCUUUUAACACUGAAACAAUGACACACUUCAGCUCGAAAUGAUCACAUACUGUACACACAAGCCCCGAAUUACAAGCAUGCAAAAAUCCCCUGUUCACAUGCACACACACACUGAUUUGGGUUGGUGCUUGUAAUGAUCUUUACCACACUGCCAAACACAGAAUAUUGACCCUCUGUGCCCAUUCCUGCCUUUAAAAGAGAGAGAGAGUAAAAGGGAGUAAAAGGGGAGGAUCUCACAAGGAACGUGUCCAGCUCAUAUUUCACCCCAAAACCAAAAGAAAAAUAAGAAAUUAUAUUUUGCAUAAAGUAUUUAUAUGAUUAUUAUGAUUUUGUUUCUCACAAUGUGAUUAUGCGAAUUUGGGGGUGCAGUGAUUUUAAUUGUCAUAAAAAUAAUAAGUCCUUUUUUUUUUCGCUGGAACUCUCAAUUCUGAUUGGUUAAUCACGCUAUCCACUGGUCAACCGGGUAUUCUGGGUAAUGCAAAUCAAUAUAUUAUAUCUAUAAGUUUAUUUAUCUGGUAUGUAGCUGUGAAAUACACAGUGUUGGGAGUAAUGCAUUACGAAGUAAUUCAAUUACUUUUUCAUUGGAAAAGUAAAAGUAAGGGAUUACUCUUAAUUUUUCAGUAAUUUAAUUAGUUACUUCUUGAUGUAAUUGUGUUAAAUACUUUAUAGACUAUAGAACAAUUCUAUAUAAAACAAUACUGAAUUUAACGUCUAAAAUGUAUGCGUUCUAAUUUAACGCCGCCCCUUUAAAUUCUUUGGCCAGUUCAUGAAUAAUUAAUUUUAUUUUACAUGAUGUAUUUGAAAGAAUUAAAAGAACAGUUUCAUGUCUGUUCUUGUAUUUUUCAUCUGGUCGAGGUUGAUAAGAGUUUUAGAAAGUAAUUAGUAAUAAGUAAUGCAGAGUAAUUAGUACAGUAAUCUAAUUACACUGUAGAAGAUGUAAUUAGUAGUUAGUAAUUAAUUACUUUUUUAGAGUAACUUACUCAACACUGGUAAUACGUGUGAUAAUGUAGGGUCAAUCAAACCCCUGAAGCGGAGCGAUAAUGACCUGAUGUUUUGAUUUUGGAGUGAAAUAUGCCCUUGACAUGUUCUUAACAUGUUUUGUGAGAUUUACUCAAAUACAUGUAUUGGUUUGGCUUGUUCACCUCCGCACACAAUCUGCCAUGAUCACCAUAUCCACGUCCUAAUAUGUACAGAACAAAGUGUAAUAAAUACAAGUAAUAAAAGCUAAAACAGAAUAACAGAAUAUAUCUGCUGCAGUAUUUGACUACUGGAGAUUUUAAUAUUCACAGAUGUUUGGAGACAUUUAGGUUCAGAUCUCAAAAUCAGCCAUUAGCAUAAAAUUAGAGUUUUAAAGAAAUGAAAUAUGACUAUGGGUCUGAUGGAAAGUUUCUUCAGUUUGUGAGCCACUGUGACCAAUGUCCUGAGACCAGCAUACACAUACACACACUCACACACAUACACACACUCACACACAUACACACACUCACACACAUACACACUCACACACACACACACAUAUACUCAUACACACACACACACAUAUACAUACACACACACACAUAUAUAUACUUAUACACACACACACACACAUAUAUAUAUAUAUACACACACAUAUACUCAUAAACACACAUAUACACACUCAUACAUACAAAUACACACACACACAUAUACUCAUACACACACACAUACACUCAUACACACACACAUAUACACUCACACACACAUACUCAUACACCGAUACACACAUACACACACACAUACACUCACACAUAUACUCAUACACACACAUAUACUCAUACACACACACACACACACAUAUACUCAUACACACACACAUACACUCAUACACACACACAUAUACACUCACACACACAUACUCAUACACCGAUACACACAUACACACACACAUACACUCACACAUAUACUCAUACACACACAUAUACUCAUACACACACACACACACACAUAUAUACUCAUACACACACAUAUACUCAUACACACACACACACAUAUACUCAUACACACACAUAUACUCAUAAACACACACAUAUACUCAUACACACACAUACAUUCAAACACACAUACACACACACACUCAUACACACAUAUACUCAUACACUCACACACUCAUACACUCACACACACAUAUACUCAUACACACACACAUCUCAUACACACGCACACAUAUACUCAUACACACAUACAUGUACACACACAUACACACACACACACAUAUACACACACAUACACUCACUCACACACACAUAUACUCAUACACA